UAUUUCCCUUGUCCACCUGCGCCCGGCUCAGCUCGAGUGAUAAUGCCUGGUCAGCAGUUUUAGAAACAGUGCAUAGUCGCCAAAUUUUGAUGGUGUUUCUAUCAAUCGCCGUAUUCUGGUAGUAAAAGAGCGUCCGUCGUACGGGCACGACAAUAUUUCAUCUUAGCAUACCCCUGACGCACAUCAAACGAUCGUUGCAAAAUGGACGAAACGGCAAUGCUUUUCGCUUUGGUUAUCGUGAUGCUUGUGGGAUCAUAUCUAGCCGGAAACAUUCCCCUCAUAAUGUCACUCUCCGAGGAGAAACUGAAAAAUGUUUCUAUCUUUGGAGCGGGGCUGCUAGUCGGAACCGCCCUAACCGUCAUUAUUCCCGAAGGUAUCCGGUCGUUGUACGACGAGCGAUCGCUGGAGGAGGCAGUAAAAGACCACGGGACAUCAUCCGGCCUGCCAGUAGGUGAACACAAACACGAGCACAGAAAUGACGAACAUUCGGCCACGAUAGGGUUAUCGCUGGUGCUGGGAUUCGUGUUCAUGAUGCUCGUGGAUCAAGUAUCCUCACGGCGCACGGAAGGCUCUAACGAGCGCAAUCUAACGGCAACCAUCGGGUUAGUGGUCCAUGCGGCUGCGGACGGUGUGGCACUUGGAGCCGCCGCUACGACGAGCCAUUCGGAUGUGGAAAUCAUCGUAUUCCUGGCAAUCAUGCUACACAAAGCCCCUGCUGCAUUUGGGCUCGUGAGCUUUCUACUGCACGAAGGAGUCGAGCGGGACCGGAUUCGAAAGCAUCUGCUCAUUUUCGCUCUCGCAGCUCCGGCGCUAACACUGCUGACGUAUUUUGGCAUCGGAAGCGAGCAGAAGGAAACGCUCGAAUCACUCAAUGCGACCGGCAUUGCCAUGCUGUUUUCGGCGGGAACGUUCCUGUACGUGGCCACCGUCCACGUGCUUCCGGAGUUGACACAUCGCAGCGACCACGGACAUGGCCAUAGCCAUACGCACCAUCACGGCAAUUACAGUCUGUUGGAACAGCAGCCUCCAAGCUCAUCUGUCGCCGUAAGCGGGAAACCGUCCGCUGCCGGUGGCCCGGGAGGAUUGCGGAACUACGAGCUGGCACUACUUAUUCUGGGCGCGUUAGCACCACUUUUCCUAACGCUUGGCCACCACCACUAAAGGGGGCAGAGAAACCCGAUGCCAGCAUUUGCCAAAAUCGCUAAGCGUUCCACUUGAAGAAUGUUUGCUGGAUGUGAUUCUAUUUGUGUGUGGCCGCAGAAUGUGUACACUUUCCAUGUGAUUCAGUUGGUAACUGUUUUCUGUUCGCAUUAUUCCUUCAUCCCUUAGCGGCAAAGUGCUAAAAUACGGUAUUAGUUGUAAUGACGAUAGCAAUAACUACGAAUUUUGUCUAAGUACUGAAACUUCCUUUUUUACCGCGACAAAUCAGGUAAGGCAUUUCUUUUAAUUUGUUCCGUACUUUAUACAAAUAAGCAAAACAAAAUUGUAGUAAUGAACAAACGAAACCUUCGACAAAUAAA